GAGGAAUUUGUGAGUUUAUGUGGCUGUGAGAAUGAAAGCAGGAUUUUUUGUCUUCUGUUGAAUUGGUUUCUUCCUUUAUUCUUAGGGAACAGCAGGACCAGAUCCAACAACAGUCUACGUAGAUAUGAGAGCGCUUCGACACGACAGGGUGCGUUUGGUAGAGAGAGGUUCUCCACACAGUCUGCCGCUUAUGGAGUCUGGGAAGAUUCUUCCAGGGGUAAAGGUCAUCAUCGCACACACAGAAACCAAGGGACCUCUGGGAGACUCGCACUUAGGAGAGAUAUGGGUGAGUAGUCCCCACAACGCUACUGGUUACUACACAGUGUAUGGAGAAGAAGCACUGCACGCCGAUCACUUUACUGCUCGCUUGAGUUUCGGAGACACCCAGACCAUAUGGGCUCGAACUGGGUACCUUGGCUUUCUGCGCAGAACAGAACUUACUGAUGCGAGUGGAGAGAGGCAUGAUGCCCUGUACGUGGUAGGCUCUUUGGAUGAAACACUGGAGCUCCGAGGAAUGAGGUACCAUCCCAUUGACAUAGAGACCUCGGUAAUAAGAGCACACAAGAGCAUCGCAGAAUGCGCUGUGUUUACAUGGACCAACUUGCUGGUGGUGGUUGUGGAGUUGGAAGGCUCAGAACAAGAAGCGUUGGACCUGGUGGCGCUGGUGACAAACGUGGUGCUGGAAGAGCAUUAUCUGAUAGUGGGUGUCGUCGUCAUUGUGGACCCCGGUGUCAUUCCCAUCAACUCCCGCGGUGAGAAACAGCGGAUGCACUUGAGAGACGGGUUUUUAGCUGACCAGUUGGAUCCUAUUUAUGUUGCCUACAACAUGUGAAAAGAGAAAACCACGUCCGGGCUAAAGCACCAAAAUCAAGCGACUUUCCGAAAAGUACCAUUGGGAUCCAUUUUCUGUGUUUUUAAAAGCUUUUGAAGACCUUAGGAAAGUGGAAAUACUAAUCUUCACAGACCUUCAUCUCUCAGAUUGCAUUUGCUUUCGUAAAUCCAUUGUAACAGUUACAGCUGUUUUAGGAUGGAGAGUUUACUGGAAUUCCUGAAGGAAGCUUCUUAGAACUAUCCUGGACCAAUGUUUUUUUACAAUAAUUAUGAAUGUCAGUACUUGAUGCACUGCAUAAAAGGACGUAAAGCGGGGUGGGGAGAGAACACCAGCUGCGAGGAGGACUCUUGGAAAGAAUGCUGGAAGUGGUGAGUAACCGUUGGGAGCCCAGCCUCCAUCUGCUGGUUUGCAGUGUACUGGCAGCACCCGGGCUGGGAUUGCACACUUCUCUGCCAUAUUCUCUACUGUACUCAAAGGAAUUUUGCACAUAUCUGAAACUGAAUGGAAAUGCAGCCUUUUUAUUUUAAAUCACUGACUCAUCCCUAUUCAGAAGAAACCACUUCAUUCCAGUCCUGGAUUCAAGAUAACAACAAUUAAGCUGCUGUUCAGCUUUUUUGUACCAAGCAAAAACAAAUACUGCAACUGUAAGAAGGUUACUUACCGUGCCAUGCUGGACUCUGUAACGCUAUAAACUUUAUAAUAAAAUAUAAA